AUGUCCGCUGAAGUCUCCCACGGUCGCGGCGGCGCAGGCAACUUCAAGCCUGAUGAUACCGAGUAUGUCGACGGCGAGGUUGUUCGAACUGGCGUUGUUGGAAGCCACGGUGAUGGCGCGUACAGUUCUGGUCGUGGAGGCAAGUCAUUACUAGCAUUACAAGUCGCUAAUACAACUUCAUCAGGUGCUGGCAACAUCGCUGACAUAGGCACACCCGCCACCGAGCGCAAGGAUGUGGACAUCAUCCCCGAGACUGCUGUCCGACCAAGCCAAGAUGGCCGAGACUACCAUACCGGUCGUGGAGGUGCUGGCAACGCGCAGACCGCAGGUUCUGAGAAGGAGUCUGAGGAGCACGAGAAGCCUGCGUUCAAGACUCCUGUUGGUCUUGCUGACAAGCUCAAGUCCAAGAUCUUCGGCCACAAGAAGUAG